GAGGGGUGGGGUCUGUGCCAAGUGCUCACAAGCCACCGGCCAGGGCUAUAAAGGGCACUGUGAGGGGAGCCAGCACAGCCACCCAGACACCCAGGUGACCUGCGGAGGCCGUGAGCACAGAGCCCUGGAGAUGAAGGCCCUGCUCCUGACCGCCGUGCUCGGCCUGGUCGCUGCCCUGUCCUUGGCCCAGGAGGAGCAGGAUUUUUCAGGGACCUGGUAUGUGAAGGCCGUGGUGACUGGCAAGGACGUGCCAGAGGAGAAGAGGCCCAGGAAGGUGUCCCCCGUGACAGUGACGGCCCUGGAAGGUGGGGACAUGGAAGUCACAGUCACCUUCAUGAAGAAGGAUCAGUGCCACCAGAAGAAAGUCCGGAUGCAGAAAACCGACGAGCCCGGCAAAUUCUUCGCCUAUGAGGGCAGGAAGCUGGCCUAUGUGCAGAAGCUGCCGCGGACGGACCACUACGUGUUCUACUGUGAAGACCAGCGCCGUGGGAAGAUGUUCCACAUGGCAAAGCUCAUGGGUAAGGAUCCCACUGUGAACCCAGAGGUCAUGGAAGAAUUCAAGAAAUUCGUGCAGCGCAAGGGGUUCCCGAAGGAGGACAUCCUCAUGCCCACACAGACGGAAAGCUGUGUUCCUGAACGAGACUAGGCACAGCAGCCCCCAGGUCUGCACCUCCAGAGUCCACCCUGCUGCCUGACAGACCCCCGGCCCGCCCGGACCUGCCUCCCCCCACUGCCCUCCCUUCCCCCACCUGACUCCAAAUAAAGAGCUUCCGCAGCUGC